UUUUUUUUUUUUCCUUUUCACACUUAGAGCUGUUUUCACCUUUUUUUUUUUGUGCUGUUCAUAUAAUAUCUGCUUCAGAUCGUUGCUUACAAAUUGUGAGUCAGUAGAUCUAGUUUUAAUUGAUUUCACACUGAAGAAUCAACCAGUUCGAGAAUGAAAAACUUUUCUUUGAGACCAUUUUUCUUUCUUGGAAAGUAUCUACACUAAUUUGUGUAGAUUAUUACCUUAAAAAUACACUAAUGCUAGUAUUACUUCUUAUAAAGGUUUAAUCUUUUCUAACAUUUCUUUUUCCUUCUAUUAAAGUAGUUGGACUUAAUGAACAUUUAAGAGGGAUUCCCUCAUUCUUCUUUUCCCUCAAGUAUUCUCGUAAUCAGUAUAAUUAUUAUUUUCCUUCAAUGUGAAACAUUAAACUGUUCGGUUCAGUAUUUAAAGAGAAUUGAUGCAAAUAACUCUAAUUCCCCUUGGCAUUUCUUUUUGACCCAUUUGACUUUAAUUAUGUGUUGUGGAGACUAGUAGAAGCACUAGAGUAAAAAGAAGGGGAAAAGGGCAAAAGGGGUAGUGAAAAAGUUGAAAGGAGGGGCUUAUGUGAUUAAUGGUCUACUAUUCAAUGAACUCUUUGGGUUUUGGUGGGUCAGGUGGGGUUUUGAGGCAUCUCAAUCAAUCUUUGUACAAUACAUAUUAUUUAAACUGAGGCUGAGGGAGAUAUAGAAAAUGCAGACACCAAAAUCAAAAGCUGGUUCUUUGGAAGUGCCUCAAAGAAGAUCACCAGCAACAACACCUCGAACUGCUCGCAAACUCACGACUUCUGGAUUGGAUGCUGAUUCAGUUUCCUCUCGAAAUAUGGCAAAUAAGACUCCAAAAUCUAGUCCUAAAGUCAUUGAUCGUAGGUCACCUCGAAGUCCUAUAUCUGAGAAGAAGCGCCCAAACAGAGUUUCCGAAUUGGAGUCACAGCUGACUCAACUUCAAGAGGAUUUGAAGAAGGCAAAGGACCAGCUGAACACUUCUGAGUCAUGGAAGAGGCAAGCCCAGCAGGAAGCUGAAGAAGCCAAGAAUCAGCUGAUGCAGAUGUCUGCAAAGCUUGAGGAAUCCCAACAGCAGCUGCAGGAUAUCUCUGUGUGCGAGGAUGAUCGGAUCCAAGAGCUUCGUAAACUUUCUCAGGAUCGAGACAGAGCAUGGCAGUCUGAACUUGAGGCCAUCCAGAAGCAGCAUUCAAUGGAUUCUGCUGCCUUGGCUUCUGCCAUGAAUGAAAUUCAAAAGCUCAAGUUUCAACUGGAAAGGAGAGCCGAAUCAGAAGCCAACCAGGCUAGGCAUGCAGAAUCUGCACACGAUGAGGUUCAUAAUUUAAGAAUGGAGCUAUCAGAAACUCUUUCACUGGUUCAGAAGAUGAAAACUGAGCUCAAUGAUUGCAGGGAAUCUGAAGCUCAAGCUUUAGAAGUAGUUAAUAGAACUCAAAUGCAAUUGGAAACGGCAAAUGAAACCAUAGAAAUGCUUCGAAAAGAUGCAGCCAAAUCAGUGGAGUCCUACAAUUCCUUAUCCUUGGAGUUGGAGCAGUCCAAUGCUCGAGUCAAGUCGCUGGAGGGUCUUGUGGGAAAGCUCCAGGCAGAGCUUAUUAAUCGAAACAGCCAAAACUCAGUGGCUCCUAAGGAAGAGAAAAAUCUUGAAAAUGGAGAAAACGAACUAAAUGAGUUGAAAAUAGAGCUUAAUUCUGUGAAAUCUGAAGUAGGUCAACUGAGAUCUGCAUUAGAUGCUGCUGAGAUCAGGUACCAAGAAGAAUUUAUUCGCAGCACAUUGCAGAUUAGAAGUGCGUAUGAACAAGUUGAACAUACAAAAUCUGAAUCAAGUCAGAAAGAAGCUGAGUUAGCAUCAGAGUUGAAGAAAUCUAAUGCUUAUAUUGAGGAAUUGAAGGCACUACUGAUGGAUAAGGAAACCGAGUUGCAAAGCAUAUCAGAGGAAAAUGAGAGUUUAAACUCAAAGAUUGAGAAAACUCUAUCAGGUCAAUGCGAAUUUGAACUUACAAUGGAACUGAAGAAAUCAGAAGCUACAUUAUCAGAGUUGAAGGCAAGUUUGUUGGACAAGGAGACAGAGUUGCAGAGUAUAACCGAGGAAAACGAGUCGCUCAAGAUGGAAAUUAAGAACAAGGAAACCGAGAGGAGUAAGGUUAAUGAUGAAACUGCUGCAUUAGCUGAUGCUGCAAAGGCUGCAGAGCGAGAGGCACUCAUGAAGCUUGGCUAUGCUACUGAGGAGGCUGACAAAAACAGCAGGAGGGCAGCUCGGGUGACUGAGCAACUGGAUGCAGCACAAGCAUCAAACAUCGAAAUGGAGGCUGAGUUGAGGAGGCUUAAGGUUCAGUCAGAUCAGUGGAGAAAGGCUGCCGAGGCAGCUGCUGCGAUGAUUUCAACCGGGAACAAUGGGAAACUUGUCGACAGAACAAGUUCACUUGACAAUACCUAUAAUCCCAUGGAUUCGCCUUAUUCGGAAGACAUGGAUGAUGAUUCACCCAAGAAGAAAAAUGGCAACAUGUUGAAGAAGAUUGGGGUUUUAUGGAAGAAGGGUGGUCAGAAACAGUAGUUUUCUAUGAUGCUACUGACCUUGAGUUUCACAUGCAAAUAAAAGACCAAUCCCUUUUUGCAGACUGUAUAGAGGUACUUGAAGAUGAUGUAUGUUGUGCACAAGGAUAGUGUUUUUGUAUCUUUUGUUAGAAACUCUUCUCUUUAUAUGUUUAUGCUACAGUCAGUCUUUCACUUACUACGUUGGAGCAAUUAUGUGAUAACAGAAAGAAGAAAGCUUUUUUUUUUUUUUUGAGUUGUGAUUUGUAAGAUUAGACUCUUCCUCAUUAUGUGUAUCACUAUCCCAACUUCCUUGGUGUAUAAGAAUAGCUAUGUGUCCUUUCUCUUAUUUGCCUUCGUUUUUUUUUACAGCAAGUUUAGAAGAUAACUAUUGAGAUUCAAAACCAUCUUUCAAUAAAAAGGCAAAAGCUUUGUA